AGGCAACCAAGUGAUCAAAGCGCCAAUUGAGAAGACAAUUAGCGAUGAUGCGAGACCAGAACGAUCUUGCGAUUUGAUUGACAAAGGAGAGAGAUCGACGAGUGAUGCAGAUCUAUACGAAAGAGAUAACUUCAAGUUCAAAGACAAUAGGGAAGAAAUAAGAAGCGCUACCAACAAGAACGUCAAUGGCGAACGGAAAGGAAGUAAUAAAUCGGAAGAUCGCGCGGCGAAAUUGAAUCGCCUCGGAUUGUGCCGGCAUAAAAUAUUAAGACGCAAUAACAACAACCUGAAAGCGCGAAAAUCAAUUAGGAACGAUUCUAACAUCAUCAUCGAUUCUCCAUGUAAUAAAGAGGGAAUCACCGGAACUGACUUCAAAAAUGAAAGGAAGAAUAGCGAUCGCGAACGUGACAAUCAUUUUCGCGACGAACGGAGUAUAAAAUUUUCGGAUCGCAGAGCGGAUUCAGACCUUACGCGAGGAAGCGCUGCUGCGGAUUCUGAUCGGGGAAAUCACACGAAUGAGGCGAGGAAGAGAUUGGAUUUGUGCAUCGCCGAGUUGAACGAGAUCAUCCGCGACGCCUGUGUGAUAUUCGCCGGCGGGAGAAGCGCAGGAACGAGAAGGAACAGCUGAGAGCGCAGUGCGGCACCGGAAUCGGACGGCGGGCGACGCGAGCAACAUCAUUGAACGUUAGUGAGCAAAUUCCCGCGUGGAACUCACGCGAAUAUGCGCGUUUUGUUUCGAGAGAGCUGCGGGGACGAGAAGGAGACGGUCUACAUAAAGUCGGAAGAUGGUUCCAGCGUGGAAGUGGUGAAAUCCGAGACGAUUGAAUCGCGGACUAUUUACGCUCGCUUCGUGUCCUUCAUAAAGGAGGUGUUUCUGCCACAAGGAUAUCCGGAUAGCGUGCAUCCUGAUUAUACAGCGUAUCAGAUAUGGGACACUGUACAGGCUUUUGCGAGCACCAUAAUGGGUACACUCACAACUCAUUCUAUAAUGCAAGGAAUAGGAGUUGGUGAGUCAAGUGCUACACCCUUGGCAGCAGCAAUAACAUGGAUUUUGAAAAGUGGUACUGGUAUGAUUGGGAGUAUAAUGUUUGCAUGGUGGAAUGGAAGUCAACUAGACAGACAGUGCAAGAAAUGGCGACUGUUUGCAGAUAUCCUGAAUGAUGUGGCAAUGGGGAUAGAGUUGCUCGUUCCGUAUUUCUCGUCGUAUUCUGUACAAAUUCUGUGCACGUCGACCGUCAUGAAGUCCGUCGUCGGUGUAGCUGGUGGAGCUACAAGAGCAGCGUUGACUCAACACCAGGCGAUACGUAAUAAUCUGGCAGAUGUUUCCGCAAAGGACGGCAGUCAAGAGACGUGUGUGAAUCUGAUCGCGUCAUUCUUGGGAAUCUUCGUACUAUCUUUGUUCCAUGAUGGACGAUACUUAAUAGAAUUAUAUCUCUUCCUGGUGGCAGUCCAUCUCUAUGCAAAUUAUUCGGCGGUUAAAGCACUAUGUUUAGAUAUGCUCAAUGAAGACCGUUUGGCUUUGAUAAUUAAAGAUUACAUGAUAAACGAACGAAUCUCCGAGCCGCCAAAAAUCAAUAGAGAAGAAUCUGUAUUUCUACUUGGAAAUCCUUCGAAAAGAGUGUGCGGUUUUGACAUAAAGAUUGGUGCCUCGUUUGCAAGUAUCCUUAAGAGAAAUGUAAUUUCGUUCAUGGAGAUGGAAUUCUUGUUGAAAUUCUUCGAGGAUAGGAAAUAUGUAAUAACGAUAGAUGUUAAAGCAAGAACUAUAUUUAUAAUUCUGAAAAAGGGUAUAAAACCUAUCGAAGUGUUGGAAGGAUACUUUUACGCUUCUAUGUGUGGCCUUUACAUCUGUAUGAUGAAACAAAUACCGAUUGACUUGCUGUUGUAUUCUGAAACGUCUGAGCCAUCGUAUCCACUAUUGAACAUGUACAUUCUCCGAAAGAAGUUCACAAAUCCAAAUAGUAAUGUACAGUUGUCGUUAGCUAUUCAAAGUAUCUGUAUCACAGAUCUGAUUGUCUCUAAUGAGUACAAAGCGUUCAUUGGCAGUCUGGAGACGAACGGGUGGAUAACGGAAACAAAUUUACUGGCGGUUGACGUAUGGAAAUUGUGUACAGAAAUCACCGAAUAACGAGAAUAAUUGUUAAAAUGUACUGCAUAUUAAAACAAGAUUUCUUCCACGAGGCUUUGAUCAGAAAAUCAUACUUAUUACGAUACAAGCAAUAAAAGAAUAAGUCCACUGUGCUAGGUAGA